UCCUCCCAUCAACACCAACCCUAGCCUAGGUCCUCAUGUUCUAUAAUAAAACCCUCGUUGUCUGUCCCUUAAAAUCCUAGAAACCUUUCUCCUCUCUGCCUCUUUGAAAGCCAAGCAACCGAGUUGCAGUACCAGUUGUGGUCCAGACAUGUUAGUUUUGUUCGAAACUCCUGCGGGUUUUGCCCUUUUCAAAGUAUUGGAUGAGGGGAAGCUCUCUAAAGUUGAGGGCUUGUGGCAAGAGUUUAACAGCCACGAUUCAGCGAGAAAGGUGGUGAAGCUGAAAGCAUUUUCCAAGUUUGAAAAUACAUCAGAAGCUUUGCAAGCAGCCACUUGUUUAUUGGAUAGCAAACCCAGCAAAGAUCUUAGAAAGUUCUUGCGUGCCCAUUGUGAUGGUGAAACGUUAGGUGUGGCUGAUUCCAAGCUUGGAAAUGCAAUCAAGGACAAAUUGAAAAUAGAAUGCGUCCACAACAAUGCUGUGAUGGAGUUGAUGAGAGGCGUGAGGAGUCAGUUGACCGAACUCAUAGCUGGUCUAGCUGUUCAAGAUCUACAACCAAUGAGUUUGGGUUUAUCUCAUAGCUUGUCUAGAUACAAGCUCAAGUUCAGUGCUGACAAGGUGGAUACAAUGAUCAUUCAGGCUAUUGGUUUGCUUGACGAUCUUGAUAAAGAGCUUAAUACUUAUGCCAUGAGGGUUCGGGAAUGGUAUGGUUGGCAUUUCCCUGAGCUUGCAAAGAUUAUUCAGGACAAUAUACAAUAUGCCAAAGCAGUAAAGAUGAUGGGUAACCGUACUAAUGCUACAAAUCUUGAUUUUUCUGAGAUACUACCUGAAGAGGUUGAGAGAGAAUUGAAAGAGGCGGCUAUGAUUUCUAUGGGAACUGAAGUUAGUGAUCUUGAUUUGAUAAAUAUUAAAGAGCUAUGUGAUCAGGUUUUGUCUCUUGCUGAGUACAGAGCUCAGCUAUAUGACUAUCUGAAAAGCAGAAUGAACACAGUUGCACCAAAUUUGACUGCACUUGUUGGAGAGCUUGUUGGUGCUCGCCUGAUUGCACAUGGAGGCAGCUUGUUGAAUCUUGCGAAGCAGCCUGGUAGCACUGUUCAGAUUCUUGGUGCAGAAAAGGCUCUCUUCAGGGCUCUGAAGACUAAGCAUGCAACUCCAAAGUAUGGGCUUAUAUACCAUGCAUCCUUGAUUGGACAGGCGGCUCCAAAGCAUAAGGGAAAAAUUUCUCGGUCACUUGCUGCAAAAACUGCAUUGGCAAUUCGAUGUGAUGCUCUUGGUGAUGGCGAAGAUAAUUCAAUGGGACUUGAGAAUCGAGCCAAGCUGGAAGCACGUUUAAGAAAUCUUGAGGGGAAAGAAUUGGGUCGUGCUGCUGGGUCAGCUAAAGGAAAGCCUAAGAUUGAAGUUUAUGACAAAGACCGGAAGAAAGGGCCUGGGGCGAUGAUAACUGCUGCAAAGACAUAUAACCCUUCAGCAGAUUCCAUACUUGGUUUGAUGGCUGAAGAAAAAGCUGUGGAGGAGGUUGAUGUUGGUGAAGAAAAGAAGGAGAAGAAAAAGAAGAAGAGUGAGGAGAAUGGUGAUCCUGAAGCAGAAGGUGACGAGUCAAUAAAGAAAGAAAAGAAAAAGAAGAAGAAACAGGCAACUGAGGAUGAUGGCGAAAAUGUUGAAGGAGGAGACAAGAAGAAAAAGAAGAGAAAGCAUUCCGAAGAAAAUGAAGAAGAAUCAGAAGUGCCAAGUAAGAAGAAAAAGAAAAGAAAGCACUCUGAAGAAAAUGAAGAAGAAUCAGAAGUGCCGAGUAAGAAGGAGAAGAAGAAAAAGAAGAAGAAAAGCGAGGAUUGAUAGGCUUUUGAAAGGAGUUGCCGCAACCGGGAACCCAACAAUUUUGGAUGAAAGGCAACAACUUUGGUAAUUCCUUAUGUAAAAUUCGGUACUUGUUUAUUUUUAUUUUUCAAUGUAGCCCCUUUUCGUUUUAGUUAUUUGUAGUGUAUUUUGCUGAGUACUAAUGGGUAAUGUUUGGUGGGAAGAGUUUGGGGAGAGGACUUAUUAUUGCAAUCAUAUUUUGCAGUUCACUUA